GUGGCCUUGUUUACCUCUCAGGUCAAGGACUCAGUCCCCUCCUCUUGCUUCGUUAUUUCUCUCUCUUUGUACUUUUAUUAUGGAGCCAUUGAGCUCUAACGACAACACGACAGACGUCUUCUCAUUCCAGGAUGACGAAGAACUUAGCAAUCGUCUGCAAUUUAUCAAGGAAAUUGGCUGUGGAAACUGGGGGAGUGUAUGGCUAUGCGAGCUCAAAAGUGAAGACCGAGCGCACAAGCGACCUCUUGCCACGAAACUCGUUCAUCGAAACAAGGAAUCCAAGACAAGCGCAGCUCGCGUCAAAUCACUAUGGAAUGAAAUGAAGAUUAUAAGACGGCUGAAGUCAGACCCUCAUCCUUCAAUCAUCAAAUUUGAAUCCUUCCUGUUGACCCCCAGUUACGCAAUCAUCACCAUGGCCUUUCAUCCUGACCUCGUCACUGUACAAGUUAGCGAGUCGCACGCUCGUGUGUGGUUCAAACACCUUCUGUCUGCCAUUCAAUUCCUUCACUCGAGAGGUAUCGUUCACAACGACAUCAAACCGGCGAACAUUCUCUUGUCAGCCAAAGGAAUACCUGUGCUUUGUGAUUUUGGAUUCGCGGAGGCGUACGACCUUGGGUCCAGCGCUGCAUUUCACUCUCGUUUUGCUUACGGAACGCCAGAGUAUCUCGCACCAGAACGGGCAAGAGGUAUACCUCAUGACACUCGCAAAUCCGAUAUCUGGUCGCUGGGAGUAUCGUUUUUUGAGAUAUUGGUAGGCCGCACGCCUUUUGAGAGUUCAGACACAGAUCAGUGUGUCACCGAAGAAGACCUUCAAAAGUAUUGGGGAAGAACUCUUCGGGGAAAAUGGGUAGGGUCAUGGAAGAUGUCCAAAGGAAUGGAAAGAUUACUGAAGAGAAUGCUCUCUCCCAAUGCCGACCUUCGCUGUAACGCAGAUGAAGCAAUGCAGGAUAUUUACUGGGCUCAAAUGCAACAAUCGAACCAUGUUAACGAGCAUCGUAAGACUUUUUUGAAUUUACGAGGCUUCCGUCAAAUUCUCAGCUUGAUUUGAACAGGUCGGUCAGCGAGUUACACCUCUUCAAUCGUCUUCGAGAAAGACUGGACUAAGCUGUCCGAAACGAAACAAAAGACGCAGGCUUCUUCUCCUUUGGCUACUCAAACGCCAUCUUGCCA